AUGGCUGAGAAGAAAGAAGCAUCAGAGCAAGAAAUCCAAACUCUUGAUAUGGCAGAUUUUGCUGAACUCGAUCGCCUGCUCGAAGAAACAGUUGCUGAUCCGAAUGGAAUCCCCGGUGCUGUUCUCGUGGCUCUCAACAAAAAGGGGGAGACACUGUACUCGAACUGUGCAGGAAAACGUUCCUUGAGUCCAGAUGCUUCAGAGAUGACCAUGGACACGGUCUUCUGGUUGGCGUCAUUCACGAAAUUCAUGACCGCAAUAGCAGUGAUGCAAUGCGUCGAGAAAGGAUUGUUGAAUCUAGAUGAGCCUGUCGGCAAUAUAUUACCCGAAUACCUGGAGCCAAAGAUUCUACGAGGAUACACAGCUGAGGAUCAGCCCAUACUUGAAACAGCACAACGUACACUUACUUUACGGUCGAGGCAUUCGUCCCUAGGUUUUGAUUUUCAUUUGCUAACACACACGAGUGGGCUAAGCUAUGAUCUGUUUGAUGAGAAGCUCGUUGAGUGGUCCAAGAAAACAGGCCGCAAAGAAAACCAGUCAAGUGGCACCUUGGAAGGAUUCAGGUACCCACUGCUCUUUGAGCCUGGCUUUGGCUAUGUUUACAGUUGCGGCCUAGACUGGGCAGGUCAGAUGGUCGAACGGGUAACUGGAAGCCCGUCACUCGAGGCCUAUCAUAGGAAACAUAUAUGGGAGCCGCUCGGACUGAAGGAAACCACGUUCAAGAUUUCAAGCAAUACAGAACUGUCCGCUAGGCGUGCUGGACUUGCAAUUCGAAAUCCGGAUGGCUCACUGACUUUUGGCGUCCACAAGCCCCGAGAUAUAGGUGCAGAUAUUUGCCCCGGCGGAAGCGGACUUUACGGCACAGGCACAGACUACGCUCGGGUGCUUGCCGAGAUUAUCAACGAUGGAGGGGUUCUGCUCAAACCCGAGACAGUUAAGGAGAUGUUUAGACCACAGCUGCCGGAUGCCAGAUACCUCCAAGAAGAAUUCAACUCGUCAUCCACCAGUCCAAUUAGCAUGGCACCAAACUGGGACAAUCCGACUGAGGUACAGUACGGACUAAGCUUCUUGAUAAAUAUACACGAGACGCCGACCGGAAGGGCCGCUGGCUCCGCGCAAUGGUCUGGGGCCGCGAACACGUACUGGUGGGCAGACUAUAAAAAAGGCAUUGUAGGCGUCGUAAUGGCGCAAAUUGUGCCGUUCUGCGACAAAAAGGUUAUCGAUCUUUAUAAGGCAUUCGAAACGGCGGUCUACAAGAACGUAGAUAAGGUCUAA